GACAGCAGAGCCAAAGGUACAGCAGCACAGUGCGUCGAGCGGAGAGAUGGAGGGUGAGCUGGCCGGCUGUGAGCGCCUGUAAACCGGAGAGCAGAGCACCAGAUGAAGAGGGAAUAAAAACCAUGUCUGAUCCUGAAUAAACAUCAUCUUCACGCCAUAAACCGGGAUCCUGUCAGAGAGACACCAGCGUCAUGAAACCAGUCCUGCAUUGAGCCUCUCCUCGGUGGGUUGGCAUGGCCCAGUGAUGAACGGAGCGGUGGUGCCUGGUAGCCCGGAGCUCUCCUCCUCGUGCCCACUGCCAGACUGGCGAGAGUUCUGUGAGCUCCAUGCUCGAGCCUCUGCUGCAGACUUCGCUGACAAGUUCCAGCGCUUCCUGUCGGAGAACCCGUGCUACGACUCGCCCGGCGCUGAUGCCAGCUUCUCACAGCACUUUGCCCACCACUUCUUGGAGUGCUUCUCUGCAGCACUGACCCAGGCCAGGGAGAACCAGGCGUCCUCUCCAGGGGAGGACGGCUCCAACGCAGCACCCAAGUACAGCAUUGUUCCUUUCCUGGGAAUCCAGGGCUGCCCGCUGUCCUACGGUCACGACCUUUACCAGAGACGCAAGGACGCCGGGGCUUCAAGUGAAUCCCUGGACAGCAUGGACAGUGGAGGGGGAGGGAUAGAUGGGGGAGGCAGUGGCACCACCGCCUCCCGAGGCCCCCAGCAGACUCACAAGGUGUCCGCUCUGGGGCAGUCCCGCAGCUCUGAGGACGUUUCAGUCAGUCACCCAAAGGCUCGCUUCAAGAAGGGCUUCUCCCUGAGAAACAUGAGCCUGUGUGUGGUGGAUGGGGUGAAGGAGAUGUGGCACAGACGGGCCUCCCCUGAACCCGACGGUCCCUCUGGAGCCAGAAGGCCUAACGGGGGAGGAGGGGGAGGUGGAGGAGGAGGGGAGGCUGCAGGGGGAGAGAAGUGGUCCCAAAAGCUGCGGCUUCCCAGGGGCUCCCAGGGCCACAAGGCUGAGAUGCUGGAGAUCCAGAGGGAGGGAGCACUGAGAUACAUGGUGGCUGAUGACACAAACUGUAUGGGCGCUGCACAGUGGCAGAAGUGCCGCCUGCUGCUGAGGAAGACAAAGAGGGACGAAGGAGGCGAGAGGUUCCUGCUGGAGUUCUACGUACCACCCAAGUCCUCAAAGCCCAAAGUGAGCAUCCCUUUGUCAGCCAUCGUGGAGGUGAGGACCACCAUGCCGCUGGAAAUGCCUGACAAGGACAACACUUUUGUUCUUAAGGUGGAAAACGGGGGAGAGUACAUCCUGGAAACCAUCGACUCGCUGCAGAAAAACUCUUGGGUUGCUGACAUCCAGGACUGCAUAGACCCGGGUGACAGCGGCGAUGACAUCGAGCUGGCGUCAUGUCCUCACGGUCAGGCCUCUAAAGACUGCUCCAUGGUGGCCUCUUGCAGCUGUGAGCUGCUGUCUGAGGGUGUGUAUCGUGCUCCUGAAAGGUCGUGUCCUACAGCCGCAGAGCAUUACAGUGCCCCCUCAGUCCGUUGCAGGGAACCCCCCUUCACCCAGCACCCAUCCCAUAUGCCUUUAGAGCGCUUUCUCCAGUCCCCUGAGGCCCAGGGCUCCAACUCCUCUGCAGGUGGCAUUGAUGGAGCAAAAGAGUCAGAUGGGGAUGCCAGCCUGGCGGGUUACCCAUGGUUCCAUGGUACACUGUCCCGUGUGCGGGCGGCUCAGUUGGUGCUUGCAGGUGGGGCCAGAAGCCAUGGGCUCUUUGUGAUUCGUCAGAGUGAGACGCGACCGGGAGAGUACGUCCUCACCUUCAACUUUCAGGGCAAAGCCAAGCACUUGCGUCUGUCGGUGAAUGAGAAUGGGCAGUGCCACGUCCACCACUUGUGGUUCCACACCGUGUCGGACAUGUUGAGACACUUCCACGCCCACCCAAUCCCCCUCGAAUCUGGAGGCUCUGCAGACAUCACAUUACGCUCCUAUGUACAAGUGCAGCGAAGCUCUACUACAGAUGUGACUGUGCCUCCGGUCCUCACCCCACCCAGGGAUGCAGGUUGCAGGACAGACUCAGCCCAGCCAGCUCUCCACCCUCCUGGAAUCCCAGCGCCUGCAGGGCCUCCUCCUGAUGCCCCGCUCUCCUCGAGCACCUCCUCGUCACCCACUGCCCUUCCCUCCCUCUCCCGCAGUGACCCAGGUACUGGAGGAGGAGUGGGUGGAGGGUUACAGAGCCGGAGCAACAGCUCUGAGCGCCUGCUGGAGGCCUCUAGUGGUGGAUCUGAGGACUACCACGAUGCUGAUGGGACUCGCAGGGCCCGGGCAGUGGAGAACCAGUACUCUUUCUACUAAACACCACAGGGCAGGGUUCAGUCAUGUAUCGGAGGUGACAUGGGACACUGUUCUGGUGAUGAGAACUGUCCAAAUCACUGGAUCACCCACUGUUUUGUUUGUUUGUUUUUAUUUCAAGGCAAUUUCCUGUUUCUCUGAUUUGAGAAGGGAGGUGGUGAGCAGUGUGUCCUCGCUGAUAAAUCCUUCAGGCUCUGCGUCCUCGCUUCAAACUCAGCUGUCAAGAAUGUCAGUGAAUAAAGAAACCAAAAGGCCACAUGAGGAAACGGAGAUUGUCAAGAUGGAGCGGAAGAUGAAACAUAGAUGUAGAAACACAACAUGGUGAUAUGAGUGUAGGUGGAGAAAGCAAGAGGAAGUCAUCCAGCGGAGUCAUAUGGCUUUGAUUCAUCACUUCUGACCACUUCCUGUUCGCCCAUACCCACAUAUCCCUGGAAGCAGAGCCUGUGUCACCACCCCGCUGAAAGAUUGAGAGUUUGAAAUGACCCUGAAGAAACAGUCCCUCCCCUCAGAGCUCCUCAGAGCUCCUCUGAGCUCCCGGGAGCAUCCCAUUAAUGUUUGUAAAGCUGCUUUGAGUCUGUCCCGGAUAUCCUCACUGUCCCUGCAGGGUUUCCCUACAAAGUCCUGCCCUGGGUCUCUGCUAACAUCAGUACAGCAAUCAUGGGUGUGUUAGUGUUAGCUCAGAAAAGAUUUUUGUUAAACGUGUACAGCCUAAAGGGUCUUAGUGCCUGACAAUUACCUUGGACUUGAACGGACUGUUGCUCAUAGCGACACGGAGGAUGGUGUUGACAUCUUGCAUAAUCACAGAAGCCCGAAAAUCUAUUGCAGGGGAUUCCUUUACUGUCAGUUUCUGCUUAAAACACACUGAACAUGCAUAUCUCUGCAAACUGUUUUGUUCUCACAGUGUUAUCGACACACACACACACACACACACACACACACACACACACACACACACACACACACUGGUGGUCAUACGUUGUGUUAAAAGUCAGUUUAAAAUUGCUGAAACUAAGUGAAUAUGGCAGGGCGGCUCCCAUUUUGCUGUCAUACCAGGUUAUUUCUAUGAGUGUGUGGUGGUGUAUUAGAGUCCAAAUAUUUUUCAAUGAUCGGUGUGCUACAGUAGUGUUUCUAAAACAUGGUUUUCGAGGUCCCUCCGUCUGGUGCUGGUUCUGUAUCCGAGCUUAUCAUAUCAAUAACCUGUAGAUUAGAUAUGCUGUUAAUAUAGGAGUUCACUUUGAAGUAAUGCCUUGAAGAUAUAAUUAUACCAAAUCCAGCAUUUAGGCUAUUGGAGGGACUGGGGACUUGUUUUUUAGAAAGGUGGCGGUAUUGUGUACUGUUUGUGCGGCCUGGUGUGGACUGGAACGAUACAGACAGUGUGGUAAAGGGCACUAGAUGGCCAUGCUUGGAUGGGAAGAUGUGACAUUGCUGCUUUGCUUUAUGCUGACAAAGUAAUGAGCUUUUUAAGUUAAUGAUCCAAAAGAAAAAUACAGCUCACACAACAAAACACUCCUGUUACUGUAAGAAAUAACUUCAUGAUCCGAGACAUUCUUUAUAACACAAAAUAUCAGUUAAAAAGAAAUACUUAACUCACAAAAAAACCCCAUAAACAUUUGUAUAUCAAUUACCCACCCAGUGUUAUGUUGAAUUUGUGAAGAAAACAGUUUUCCUGCCUCUAUGGUGAAUGAAGAAUCCAAAAAUGCAUAAAUUACAGAUGA